CGAGGCUUGGAGGCGGGUUUUCUGCGAGAAGGCCAAACGGGGUGUGUGGGGUGUGGAUUCCUGCGAGGGGCGGAGCAGGAGAUGGCGUCCGCGGUGGCUUGCCGGCUGGCCCGGAUAGCAGUCCGACCAGGGGCUCUCUGGAGCGGGCCGAGCGGGAGGAGAGGUGGCGAUGUCUCCGUCGUACCGGGUAGCUCAGGUCGCAGCCUGGUACCGACGAGGUCAGUCAUCGUCACUCGUAGCGGAGCCAUCUUGCCCAAGCCGGUGAAAAUGUCCUUUGGUCUUCUCCGUGUGUUCUCCAUUGUGAUCCCCUUUCUCUAUGUUGGGACACUCAUUAGUAAGAACUUCGCUGCUCUACUUGAGGAGCAUGACAUUUUUGUUCCAGAGGAUGAUGACGAUGACGAUUAACAGGACAUGAAGAAGUGCAGAAAGGAGAAAGCACUAAUAGACGAAGUGGUCACCCGCUCAGCUCCUUCCCUAUUGGCAGAAGGGUCAGAGAAAGCCAGCCCUCAGCCUCACCUCCUCAUGGUUUGUGACAACAGCCCAGAAUCCUAUGUUUUUGGGAGGUUCCCGCAAAUGUGUUGUCCACAGAGCACUGGAAACUAUGAGUGACAUAAUAAAUACGAGCCAUGU